AUGUCACGGACAGUUGAGAUGUGCCCCCGCGAUUCGCAGGAACCUGUGCAGCAGAGGAAGCUCCCUCCGAGAUCUCAGUGCCCUUUUGUUGUCAAUCUUCCCGAGGCCGAGGCCACCACUGCCCAGGCUCGCCUGAACCACGACCUGCAGCUGCUGAGGUCACACACCUUGUUUGAUGGCGACGAGGUGAAACCAGCGGCAUCGAUCAGAGCAAAAGCGGCAUUCAGGCUUGGAAAACCCCGCCAGGAGAAUUCUCCACGUCCAUUGAAAGUGGUUCUUCGAGCAGAAAGCGAGGCCAAAGCGACACUCCAGCAAACUCACAAGCUAAAGGGAGCUCCGGUGCGAUUCCUCAGGGAUCUUGCUUAG